UUUCUAGGUCGAAUCCUCGUGGACGUUAUGACUUCAAAAUAUGAAUUUCGUUAUGGUUGAGGGGAAUAUAGGGUGUGGAAAGUCAACAUUUUUACGUUACUUUCAGCAGCUUUCUCCUAAAAAUGAAGUCAUGCAUGAACCGCUAUAUUUAUGGAAAGACGCCAGAGGCUAUGAUCUAUUCGAACUUAUGUAUCAUGAUCAACGCCGAUGGUCUGUUCCUUUUCAGGCUCAGGUCCUUGUGACAUUACUAGACCGUCAGUCAAAACCACCAACCAAACCAAUACGCCUAUUGGAAAGGUCAAUCCAUAGCAGUCGGUACUGUUUUACAGAAAAUAUGCACAAUAAUGGGAGUAUUUCAGAUGCUGACUAUGAAGAGCUCCUCAAAAUUUUCCAAUGGAUAUUGAAGAAUAAAAGUGGACCAGUAGAUCUAAUCGUAUAUUUACGUGCAAGUCCAACUGUUUGCUUCGAGCGUUUACGUGCUAGAAAUCGUUCUGGUGAAGAAGAUAUUCCUCUUAGAACAGUUCGUCGACCAGGAUUCUCCAACCCACUGCGUCCCGAGUUCUCCUUUCCAGUUGUUUUCAAUUGCUACUCAUUCUCUUGGUGUCUGCCUCCGAUUCGCGACGCUAUGUGUUCUUUGGUCUUCCUCUUUUCAUGGUGAGAGUAGGCAACCUUGCCUGUCACCAGUCAUCACUUGGAGUGCAUCUGUGACCUGUCCUCCAUACAGGAAUUUGUAGUGUAAAAUAUCUUGAAGAUUUGCAUGAAUUACAUGAAGCUUGGUUAAUUGAACGCCGUUUCGGUCAGCUACCUGCUCCUUUAUUAGUAUUCGACUGUAAUGCACCAUUGCCUGAACUUUUAUCAACCUAUCGAUCGCAUAGAGAACAAGUUAUGUGCGGCGUUGAGGCAUGAUUAUAGGAGUUUUAUACUGUUAAAAACGAGCUAUUAGAUUUCUGUUAUUUGUAUUUCGCUCUUUUAUUCAAGGCUCGGAAUUGUGUACAGAAUUGCAAGUAUUUUUUACAUUUCAUUUUUACAUGUUUGUGUGUUUUCAAGUUUUUAACAAAACAUACUAUGUAUUAUAUAUGUUCUCAAAAUAUCUGUAAUAUAUACUUUCGGG